AUGGCAGACCCAGUCACGACCAACGGCGCCGACGCCCUCGAAGAGACUCUUAGCCGCCUCUCUAAGAAACCCGGCGUGAAGGCGACCAUCGCGCUCGACCGCGUGUCUGGCACGAUCCUCAAGACGGCGGGGCAGAUUUCGUUUCUGCACACCUCGACGGACUCCUCCUCCCAGUCGCAGCAACAACAGGCACAAGCACAAUCCGACGACUCCAGCGCCGCGGCGGCAGCAAGCGUCAUCGACAGUGAGACCCAAGGCGCAGAGGAACUGGCAAAGAUGGUCUGGGGGUUCGUCAACGUGGCGGGCGGCCUAGUGGAGGGACUGGACACCGAGGAUGAGUUGAGGCUGCUCCGCGUACGCACCAAGAAACAGGAGCUUGUCAUCGUGCCCGACGCCAAGUACCUCCUCAUCGUGAUAUACGAGACGCCGGCGGCCUGA